AGGCUGGGGGGAGGCUGGGCGCCGCCCACCGCCCCUGCUGCCGUUCUGGGAAAGGGGAAGCUGCAAGGCCAGCGGCACAGCUUCCUCUUUCUGUGCAGCCCCCAGGGCUGCACCUCCCUGGUGCUCCGCGUCUCUGGCUUGGGGCCCUGGUCAGGGCUUUGUUAGCUGGCCUUCCUCCAGGGAAUUUCUGGUUCUAAUUGUUCGGGUAUUUUUGUGGAGGGUAGGGGUAGGCUGAGUAUGAGGAAGCCCCUGCUCCCAUGAGCCUUUUUGGGGAGCCCUCCCGCCCCAGACGUGGGCCGGGGAGGGUUUUGUGGUGAAUGAGACAGCGUCCCUACCCCUGGUGCUGUCUGGUGGGGGGGUAAACAAUAAACAAGCAAGCAAACGAAUGCUUAAUUACCUGCCUGGGCAGGAGGUGCAGCAGGAAAGAAGGGGCUGGGGAGGAACUCCCACGACCUACUUCAGGCUCCUCACCUCAUUUAAACCUCACACGGCCUGGCCCUGGCAGGUGAUGUCCCCAUGCUGCAGAUGAGGGGCUGAGACCCAAGGAGGUGAAGUCGGGGCUCGGGUCCCUCGGGAGUUGGUGGGGCCCCAGCUAGGAGGCUUUGCUCAGAGAGGAGUGGCCUCGAAGCCAACUUCCUUCUCUGCCCUGGGGCCCCAUGGGGUUCUCCUCUGCCAGGGGCACCCGGGCAGGGAGAGGAGGCUCAAGGCUGCAUCCCAGCCCUUCUCAGGGCCUUGGUUGGGCCCCCUGCCCCCUCUAGGAAGUUUCGGGAAGUCACCGACUGCUCAGCCUCUAGGACAAGGCAGUGGGGUUCAGGUGGAGCCCUCUCAGACCCCCACUUGCUCUGCAGAAGGGGCUUCCAUCUGAACCGGCUCGUUGAUGGAGGUUCUAGUGCUCAGAGCUUAGACGGUUUUACCCCGAGCUGGCCUUGGGCUGAGAGCCGCUGCCAGUGACCUGGAGAGUCCCGUGGUGUGACCACUGCCCCUCCCCCUCCUGGGGUGUGUAACUCAAGCACCUGGCCUGUCACCCAGCGAGGACAGAUCAUUUUCCUCUGGCUCCUUUUCCAGGCUGGGGACCACAGGGCCCGAGGAUGAAGCUGACCUCUCCACCACACUGGCCCCUGUCCUGCUUCCUUGUGCUGCUGCCCUGGCCUCUGGCUACGCCGACAUCAACGGCCCCUUGGCAGUGCCCGCCUGGGGAGGAGCUCGACCUGGACCCGGGGCGGGGCUCACUGUGCAGGUCCUGCCCCCCGGGCACCUUCUCAGCCUCGUGGGGCUCUGGCCCAUGCCAGCCCCACUCCCGCUGCAGCCUUCGAGGGCGGCUGGAGGCCCAGGCAGGCACAGCAACUCAGGACACACUGUGUGGAGGCUGCCAGCCUGGGUGGUUUGCUCCUUCAGAGGUUCCCCGUGUUCCCUGCCAGCCAUGCUCCCGAACACCUCUGGGUCCUCGUGGCUGUGACGAGCGGAGAUGGCGGACCCGACGUGGUGUGGAGGUGGCAGCGGGGGCCAGCAGCACCGGGGAGACACGGCAGCCUGGGAACAGCACGCGGGCUGGCGGCCCCGAGGAGACGGCCGCCCAGUACGCGGUGAUCGCCAUCGUGCCCAUCUUCUGCCUCAUGGGGCUGCUGGGCAUCCUGGUGUGCAACCUGCUCAAGCGGAAGGGCUACCACUGCACGGCCCACAAGGAAGUCGGGCCCGGCCCUGGAGCUGGAGGCAGUGGGAACAACUCCGUCUACCGGGCUGAGGACGCCAAUGAGGACACCAUCGGGGUCCUGGUGCGCCUGAUCACGGAGAAGAAGGAGAACGCGGCGGCCCUGGAGGAGCUGCUGAAGGAGUAUCACAGCAGACAGCUGGUGCAAACCAGCCACAUGUCUGCGCCCAGGCUGCCGCCCGGACCCCCCAGCAGGCCGCACAUCUGUCCGCAUCACCACCACCUCCACACCGUGCAGGGUCUGGCCUCACUCUCCGGCCCUUGCUGCUCCCGUUGUAGCCAGAAGUGGCCCGAGGUGCUACUGUCCCCUGAAGCUGCAGCUGCUACCACUCCUGCUCCCAGACUCCUGCCCAACCCCGCCAGGGCUCCCAAGGCUGGGGACAAGGCGGGACGCCAGGGGGAGAUCACCAUCUUGUCUGUGGGCAGGUUCCGUGUGGCCCGGAUUCCUGAGCAGCGAACAAACGCACUGGCCUCGGAAGUGAAGACCAUCACAGAGGCUGGGCCCUCGGGGGGUGAUUUCACUGACUCUUCACAACCUGGCCCCCCCACUGAGCAGCGGGCACUGCUGGGAAGCAGUGGAAGCCAUAUUAAGUGGCCAAAGCCCCCAGCAGAGAAGAAGGCUGAGGAGAACCGCUAUGUGGUCCGGCUGAGUGAGAGCAACCUGGUCAUCUGAGGUGCUGUCUUGUCUGAGGAUACCGCAGGCCUGUCCUGGGGGGUUCCGAAGGCUUCCUGGAGGAGGUGGAGCUGCAGCUGGGCCCGGAAGGAUCGAGCAGCCACGGCCCAGCAGACAGAACGGCAGAGACCGAGGCCUGGAGGUGGGAGCGUCUGCCCCAGUGAGGAGGCCGGCCAGCGGGCACCGUGUCCAGGAGCAAGCUGAAAGCCCCACCCGUCCCUGUCGCCCAGUUGCUUCCCUGCAGGAUGCCCUUGACCCUGGGCCCUGGUCAGAUCCUAGGGGCCCACAGCACCCUCUGUACCAUCAGGAGGCUAAGCCCUGAUGGUGGGAAGAGGCCUCUGCCUGGCACUAGUGGCCCCACACCUUGGUAAUCAGCCACCGCCUGCCUCAGUACAGGGCCCUCCAGCAGAUGUGCCUCCCCUCCUCUUGGGGCAGACAGUGUGUGGGCUGGGAGUCUGGGUUCCUGGGUUCUAAACCUGGGCAAGUCCCUGGACAUCACUGGGUCCAAACUUUUCUGGCUGUGAAGUCUCAGUGCCCAGGGCCUGUCCAGCUCCCCGUAGGAUCUGGGCUGGGUCACGUGACGGGAGAGCUUGCCUCCUCACCACCCCCUCAAGUAGCUUUACCUGGCCCCACUUUUGCUGCUUCCAGGUUGUCCACCUUCAAGGCCCCCAAGGGGCUGCCCGUCCACGCCUCUGCCGACAGGGGCUCGUGCAUGUGCCUGCCUCCCCUGCUCUUUUUACUGAAACUGAAAAACAGACUUGAUCUGGGUGGGGCUGCACUGGAGCCCCAGCCUGCCCAGCUGCCCCCAGGGUGUCAGGAGCUUUGGGGGGGGCGGGUGUGACAGGCUGGAGAGGCACUUCAGGCCUAGGUGGUGCGUGUCCCUGCGGUGUUGGUGUCUGCCAGCCUGGGCAGUGCGGGCAACAGCCCAGCCCGUCUGUCUGCACCCUAGUUCAGCAACCUGGUUAUUUAUGUGGGGCUGUGCAGGCACGGCCUCCCCCCACCCGUCACCCCCGUUCCUUAUUUAUUGGGACUUGGCCGUCGUCCUGUCCUUGUGUCUCCAUCCACAUCCAUCUGUUGAAUAAAAGGUGGGAUAAUGGCAUCACGA